CCACACGUCUGAAGUCUUUGAUCAAUUUCAAACUCAAUCAUGGACUCAAAGUCACGAGAUUUACAAUGAAUUUUAAAUGAUAUUGUUUUUCAAAAUGACCUUCACAAGAUGAUCCAUGAGAUCAGUUGAUGAUGGUCUCAUGAUCCUCGAAUUCCUGUGAAAUUAAGCUAUAAAAGUAUUGUCUCAAACAUUACAUAUUUAAAAAGCCUCGAGAUAGAGCUGCUGUCUGUACAUACGACAUAAAGAAGCAAUUUAUAAAUUUUCUCUGGCAAGGAAUAAUCAACUGUGAGGCAUUACAAAGACAUUCUAACUCAAAAUGACACAUUUGGUGAUCACCAUUCUCUUCCUAAUUUCUUCGAUUUCUCCACUGUGCUUGACUAUGAAUAUCGUGAAAAUCGACGAUUAUGACCCAGGUUCCUGUAACAAAACCAAUGCGUUUAAAAUGUAUUCUGUAAAAGACAGAAACGGUGAAAUGAAAUUGUGGAUUUGCAGCAAAGAUAAUGGAAAAUAUUUGUGGAAGCCUGUUAAUGGAAAGGCGUUUGUUGGUGAAUAUUUGAACCCAGGCUACGAUUGCUCAGAUAUUUUAAAUCGAAAAGAAGAUGUUCAAGAUGGAUAUUAUUGGAUAGAUUUCGGAGGCAGUAAUAAACGAAAGGUAUGGUGUGACAUGAAGACAGAUGGUGGUGGAUUUACGCUUGUUGCAAGAAAACAAGAUGCUGUCACGUGGGACAUACCGUCAGUAGAUAAGCCCGUUCAUCCAUUUAGCAAAGACAAAUAUUGGACAAGUCAACUAGGAGACGCUCCCAUAUUGGAUUUUAGAAUACAGUUGUCUACAAGUGACUCUUUCAAAAAUACAAAAGCUCAUUGGUUUUACAGACUACGACAUACUAGAAAACUGAAAAACUUAAUGAUUACUGAUCGUGGAUGCAGUGAUCAAAUGCCAGGAAUUGGAGACAUAGCUUACGUUAAAGAUUUAAUAACAGAAAAGAUAACAACAAGAUCUUUUAAGUGUUCAGUGUUUGGACCCAACAUUGGCUCUCACUUUAAAGUUGGAUGGUCGAUGAUGAAUGAAUGCCUAAAGAAACCUUGCAGUGGUUCAGGAUAUUUACAUCUAAAUGGUCAAAAACCAAUCAAGUUUCAAUAUAAUGGAGCUUUUAGUUACAGUGCGUCAAAUGCAAGAUCAGGAGUAUUUCAUAACUCCACAGCUUAUCUUGGAUGUUAUGACGGAACAUGUUGUGGAUGUUUUGGUCCACCAGGAGGAACAGAUAAUUACUGUGGUACAAAAUGUAACGCCAUCAAUGGUGGAUCGAUAAUCAACAGUAAAAAUAUCUAUACCUGGAUCUGGGUGAGAUCCAAUCUUCACAAACGACUGUGGAACAAAUGUAUGGAGUAUCAAAGUGAAGAUGAAUUUGGUCAGAUGCAAUGGUUCAUCUUAAAAGGAGAUUCCGUAGUUCCUAAGAAGGGAAGAUGUCACCAAGAAAACAAACUACGUUUAAACAGCGGGGUUGUUGUUGUCCCUGACAACAAAACUGAAAAGAAAGUUCCUAAAAUACCGGGAUUACUGGAAUAUCGUCUGGAUCAAAAGAAACUUUAUGUAAGAUCAAACAAAACAUGGAACAUACUUUCACAGGAAAUGGAGGUCAACAAAAAAUUGGAAGCAAAAUUUGAUGAACUGAUGAAAAAAAUUGAGGCAACAGACGCUGAGUGGAAACGUAAAAUGAAUUUGAGCAAUGAAAAGCUGCAAAAUGAUCUCAAAGCAAUUUCUGCUGAACUGAAGAAGAUUAAAAAUGAAAAUGCAAAAUUGAAGACAAAAUUGGUUUUCUCUAAACCAAACUACAACGAAAUCAGUUUAGUAUGUGGAGGUCAGUACAAGUGGUUGAAAGAGUCCACCAGGAGAUAUGACUAUACGUCACCUGGUUACUACUGUGAUCAAUCAUUGUCUGGUUGGCAUAGAUUUGGUGGAAGUGCUGGAACCCAAAUGUUCUCAGGAUGUAUCAAAGACGGUAAACAAUGUGGUACACAGGCUACAGGAUAUUUAACAGGAGGUCAUCCUGGAGUGAAUGAUGGGAUUGUUGAACGUACUGUUUGUUUUUCUUUUAAUACAAAGUGCUGCAUGUGGAGACGUACUAUAAAAGUUCUCAACUGCGGUUCUUUUUAUGUUUAUAAAAUUAAUGGAAUACCACAUUGCACUAUGAGAUAUUGUUCCACAGGAUAGGAAAAGGAAAGUAACCAGAGUUAUAAAGAACAAUUUAUGUAAAAAUUAAUGAUGAAACUUCUCACAAUGAUUUCAUUUCAUUACAUAUUAUAAAAUAUGCAAUCCAGUGUAUUUGUUCAUUGAAAAUUAGGAGCAAGUACGUAGUUUUUUUGUUGAUUGUUUUCAAAGAUUGCUUUGAAUUAUCUUUUCUUGUUGUUCUUAAAAGAUGAGAUGCGACUUCAAGAAUUUCUUCUUUACAUCCAUUCUGUAAAAUGUAAACAUUUAAGUCGAUCUAAAUGUCUGUAGCAAAGCUACACAGUUAUCUCAACAUCAUUUCAUAAGAAUGUUGCACCGUCUAAUCUCUUCUGUCACAUUUUAAAGUAAUUUUUGAUGUUAAGUCACCUUAUUACAAUUCUACUGUCCUUAGCUAAGUGUGGGAAGUCAUGUAGCUUAAGUCAAGAAUAAGCAAUCAUAAAGUAAAGAUAUGUAAGGCCUGUUUCAAACAACAAACUUUACGUGCACCGAAUGCAUUAAAGACAAAAGAAAAUGAGAUGAACGUCCUAAUUGUCUUUUGUUUUAAAUGCGUUCGGCUCAUGUAUAGUUCUACGUUUUAAGCAGACAUAUGAUUAAAGGUUGAGAAAAAUUUAAGGAUUUGAACUAACUUUUAGAUUAAAGAGGUUUUCCCAAAGGGAAUAAUUUCGCUAUGUACUGUAAAGAAAUUUGUGUUUGUCAAUACUAAUUAUAAUAUCAAAAUUUAUAAAACUA